UUUUAAAAAAAUAAAAUGCCUCAAAAAAUCACAAUUUCAUGAUUACCAUACGUAUCAUCAUAGUCUCAAUGCAAUUCUUCAAUUUUAUUUUUUUACUGAUUAGAAGUUGGAACUUUUGAUGAUGUGAUGUGAAUUUUUUAUAUUCUCUACUUAUCUUUUUUUAUUUUUCUUAUAUGAGAGAUAAUUCAAAUUUUAUUUUUUUAUUUUUAGUUUUUCUGGUUUUGAGGAUUCAUCUUUCUUUUACCUUUUUUGACUUGGAGUUCUUGGAUCAUGGAUGUAAUAUGGUUUUGAAUAAACCACAGGAAAUCCUUAUUCCUAGUUAAUAUCCAGAUCUCUUAAUUUUGGAAUGUUUGCCUUUUUUGUGCUUGAGAAAUAUUUAAAUCCUAGAGAUUGCUUUCACACCAUCACUUGCAUAACCAUGAAAUUAACUUUUUUUAUUGGAUGAUCAUGAUACAUCUCAAAGAUCAAAAUUAUUUUGCUUGUUUGUGCAUGUUGUCAAAUUUGUUCAGCCUACGUUUAAUAUAUUAUAGUAGCUUGCUAGUAGCAUCUGUAGAAUUUUCUCUUGGCAAAUCAUUUAUUUUAAUUUUUGAACUAAAAGUCUGUUAGAUAAUCUCUUAGAAGUAGUUAUAGUAACUUACUUGGUCGUGUGCGCUAUAAAUUAGGUCGUAACAUGGAUGAAUCUCUCGGCCCAAAUGUAAUCCCUUCAGCCGAUUUGUCCAAUCUUGAACCAGAAUGUCCAUGUUGCACUGCAAGAGGAAUGCCAUCCACUAGCGGCAAAACCGACGAGGUGUGGAUCGAUGAAAUGAUGGAUCAUGUAACGUCAGCACUCCCUGCGGACCAUCGGGACUGCCCAUGCACCAUCUUCAAGGUCCCCCAACACAUCCGGCAGUCGGAUCGUGAAGCCUACGAUCCAAUUGUUGCUUCCUUGGGACCUUUUCACCAUGCGAGUCACUGCGCUGUCACGCAGGACCAGAAGCGGCGGUAUGUCUGGCACCUUCUAUCGCGUCAUGGAGGCGAAGAGCAUGCAAAUCAAUUGUUGAAGGAGUGCCUGAUGAAGUUGAAGGAACAGGAUCACAUGGUCCGGCAUUGCUACUAUCCGGCACUCUCUCCAGAGCUGAAUGCCCAAAAAUUGGCAUCGAUGAUGUUGCUUGAUGGCUGCUUCAUCAUUUAUCUUAUGCUAAAAAUGCAUGCGAGGAAGAAGGGGAUGGACGAGGAGACAGAGGAGGAGGAUGAAAGCAAAGAGAAGAGAGAGUGGAAGAUUAAGAUGGAGGAAGAUGGGAGGGUUUCAAAUAUGAGGAAGGAUAAAAGCAAAGAGAAGAGAGAGUGGAAGAUUAAGAUGGAGGAAGAUGGGAGGGUUUCAAAUAUGAGGAAGGAGCAUGAACAGCUUGAGGACCCACAUGACGCAGAGCAAUCCACUUUUAACAUAGUGGUUUAUGACGUGCUCAAGCUUGAGAACCAAAUUCCUUUCUUCAUCAUCCAAUUGCUAUUGGAUGAGAUCAAACCAUGUGAGGUUGAAAAGAUUGAUCUCGUUGACCUUGCCCUCCAACUCUUC